GGCAGGUGUGAGGGUCGCCAGGCGGCGUAUGGCGGACGCGGUGCUAUUCGAGUUUCUGCACACCGAGAUGGUGGCGGAGCUGUGGGCCCCGGACCCGGACCCUGGCUCGGGGGGAAAGAGGAAGAGCCUGUCCGUCCUGGAGGGCCUGGGCUUCCGCGUGGGCCAGGCUCUGGGUGAGAGGCUGCCCCGGGAGACACCGGCCUUUAGGGAGGAGUUAGAUGCCCUCAAGUUCCUGUGCAAAGAUCUGUGGGCGGCCAUGUUCCAAAAGCACAUGGACGGACUCCGCACCAACCACCAGGGGACCUAUGUGCUGCAGGACAACAGCUUCCCCCUCCUCGUCACCAUGGGCUCGGGGCCACAGUAUCUAGAGGAAGCCCCCAAGUGUUCUGUCCCCCGCCCCCACCCAGUUCCUGGCCUUCACCUGUGGCCUUCUGUGCGGCGCCCUCCAUACACUGGGCUUCCAGAGCCUGGUCACCGCCGCCGUGACGUCCCUGCCGGCCUGUAAGUUCCAGGUGGUGAUCCAGAAGUCCUGAGGACCCCUUGCCCUUCCCUAAGCUCAGCCUCAGAACGUGGCACCUGGCCCUGCCCCACUGCCCACCUUUGCAGGUGGCCUGCCCUGAAGCUGGAGGUCACAGGCUCUGGGGAGGUCACAUGACAAGGGAAUAAAAGGGCCGGGAGGGUCCCUGGACAUGGGGCUGUCCGUCCCCUGAGUUCAAAGUUGGCAUGGAGGGACAUUAGGGCAUCACCCAGAGGACAGACGUUCAGUAAAGGUUCUUUAUGUGCAAACAGA